UCUCUUGUUGCUCCAUAACAUAAUCAAACACAGAAAACAAAAAACAAAGAAAAAGAAUGAGCAAGCCUCAUGUAGUAUGUGUUCCAUUCCCACUUCAAGGCCACAUUAAUCCAAUGCUAAAAUUAGCAAAACUCCUUCAUUCCAAAGGCUUUCAUGUCACCUUCGUAAACACCGAGUUUAACCAUAACCGCAUUCUUGAUUCGAGAGGUCCUAAUUCUCUAAAUGGCUUGCCUGAUUUCCGUUUUGCAACUAUACCUCUUCAGCACCCUCCUUCCAAUUCCAACACUAAUUUAACCUUGAACUUGCGUGCUCUUCAUGAGACAUGUCAAAAAGAUUUUUUGAGUUUGUUUCGUCAUCUUGUUGCUGAGCUUAACAACACCGUAUUGAAUCCUCCUGUUACGUGCGUGGUUUCAGAUGCUGUUUUGAAUUAUAGUGUAACGCUCUCUGAAGAGCUUCAAAUUCCUGUUGUGUUGUUUCGGACUAUAUGUGCUUCAGGGUUUAUGAGCCUAAGACAUUUUUAUGAUCAAAUCAAGCAAUACACUGCUUUUCUCAAAGAUCCAAGCAAUAUUGAAGCUGCAGGUAUGGAGAAGAAUUUGGACAGCUUGAUGGAAUGGAUUCCGGGAGUGAAAGGAGCGAAAGUAAGGGAUCUUUCGGAGUUCAUCAAAACGAAAGACGAAUUAAACGCUAUGGAAGAUUCAAUUAAAGGUGACAGAGAAAGAGAUUCAAAAGCAUCCGCUAUUAUAUUUCACACAUUUGAUGCUCUAGAGUCUCAAAUCUUAGAAGACGUCGCCCCGUACUUUAAAAGGGUAUUCAGCAUUAGUCCUCUACAAUUACUUCUCGACCAAAUUCCCGACGAACGAUACAAUUCCAUAGAAUGCAAUCUGUGGAAUGAAGACGCAGGAUGCAUCAAAUGGCUUGAUUCCAAGCAACCCAAUUCCGUUAUUUACGUAAAUUUCGGAAGCAUUACAGUUAUGACAGUUGAACAGGUAGUCGAGCUUGCUUGGGGACUAGCUAACAGUAACCAUAACUUCUUGUGGAUAACAAGGCCAGAUUUGAUCAUGGGAGAAUCAGCAAUUCUGCCACCCGAAUUUCUGACUGAAACGAAAGAAAGAGGCUUUAUAGCAAGCUGGUGUCCGCAGGAGGAAAUACUGAACCACCCAUCAACGGCCGGAUUCUUGACUCACUGUGGAUGGAACUCAAUUCUCGAAACUAUCUCGUCAGGAACUCCGAUCAUCUGCUGGCCUUUCUCUGGAGAACAUUUCGUUAACAGCAGAAAAAGCUGUAAUGAAUGGGGAAUUGGCAUGGAAUUGGGCAGUGAUUUCCAUAGAGAUGAUGUGGAGAAGCUUGUUAAGGAAUUGGUGGAAGAAGAGAAGGGAAAAAAGAUGAAAGAAAAGGCGUUGGAAUGGAAGAAAUUGGCAGAGGAGUCGGUGAAUAGUAACGGGUCAUCUUCGUUGAACUUCAACAACCUAGUGAACGAAGUCCUGCUAUCGUAGUGACCUUUCUGUAACUAACGGUAACCCAGUGAACCACGGUUUUUAGUAUCCUAAAUUGUAUAACGUUUCGUGUCUCUUUUUUUUUUAUGGUGUCAGAGUCAUAAACUUGUCUAGUAUUUCAUUCUGGAUUUGAUAUGUGAUCAAUAAUAUGUCUAUGCAUGCCAAUUGGCUUCAACAAGGUUCACUGUUUUUUAAUUUGGUUCUUAUGAUCCGUAGUAAUGUAAGCUACAUUUGUGAUCAUCAUGCUGGUUUCUGCAAUUUUCCUUAAAUUGCCAAAUAAAGAAAUUUCCAAUCA